UAACUCGUAGAUAGCUGGUAAACAUUCCAGCAUGGACAUAGGGUCAAAUUCCAUGUUAUAUUGUUCCAGUGGCUGUGUGUGCUCAGCGCUACAACUCUGCAUUCCAAGCAAAAGUGAUCAACAGGAAAAGGAGAGCCACUGAUGGAAAAUGGCUCUGCCCUCACACAUAGCAGCCCACUCAAUCCCACCUCACACUCUGACCCGGCUGGCACGAGAGUGGCUGGCAGAGGAUACACCAAACUUUGACCUGGCGGGAGUGUGUGUGGGGUCACAGGAGGUUGAGGCGAGGUUGCUGUGUAAAACACCACACAGCAUCCUGGCAGGGAGCCCCUUCUUUACAGCAGUGUUCGCUGAGGUCGGCUGUACCGUGGACUGGAUUUAUCAGGAGGGAGCUGAGAUCGGUCCAGAUGCCAUCACACUGACUGCUGUGGUGAGAGGCCCAGCAAGGUGCCUCCUCCUUGGGGAAAGGCCAGCUCUCAACUGCCUGGCCCGGGCCUCAGGUAUUGCCACCCGCUGUUCUAAGCUCCAGGCAAUGGCAACAGUGGGAGGCUGGCAUGGAGAAGUGGCUGGCACACGCAAGACCACCCCGGGCUUCCGUCUGGUGGAAAAGUAUGCCAUGCUGGUUGGCAAUGUGUCCAUGCACAGACAGGACCUGAGUUCAAUGGUGAUGCUGAAGGACAACCACGUCUGGGCAUCAGGAAGUAUCACACGGGCUGUGAAAACUGCCCGAUCAGUGUGUGGCUUCAGCAGUAAGAUUGAGGUGGAGUGCCGCUUUAUAGAGGAGGGCAGAGAGGCGGCCAGGGCUGGAGCAGACAUCGUUAUGCUGGACAACUUCAAACCUCAGGAGCUCCAUGCUGCAGCUCAGGCACUGAAGGAGGAGUUCCCAGCACUACUGAUAGAAGCCAGUGGAGGAGUGACUCCAGAGAACUUAGCUAUGUAUUUCUCCCCACAUGUGGACAUCAUUUCCCUGGGCUGCAUAACACAGGGUUGCCCAGUUGUGGAUUUUUCUCUCAAGGUUCAGAAGUCUGUUGUGCAGUCAAGCCUCCAAGAAUGAGGACCUCCUCAAAUAGGAUGUGCACUGAUUGAAUGAGAAAAUGUAGUAACAUUUUGUUCUGAAUAGAUGAGACUUUUUAGUGUGUACGUUUAUUUCCUGUAACAACAUUACAGUAGUCUACUGUUGCUCAAGCUUGAGAAAUAGUUCACAUCCUGUUUGCUCACUGUGUCAUCAGUCAUUUGAUGUGCAUAAAAGGAAAACAGAAA